GAGGAUGCCCUCAAGCCCCUGCUCCCUUAAAAAAGUUGCCAUCCCGCCUCGUACUGUUCCAUAUACUAACUUAAGAAAUCCGAACCUUCUGGAAGCGGUGGGAGCCAUCCUCUGCAGCGGCCUCCCAGACAGUCCGCUGACUGGUUCCUUCGGCCCUCGCGGGCGCCAGCCAUUCUCCGCCUCCCGUGGGCGGGUGCUUCCGCCCGGAGCGUGCGUGGGGACGCGCUUCGGGGCAGCCGCAGCGGAAGAGCCGGUAGUCCUGCGGGCCGGCCGGCGGUGGUUAGCUCCUUGCGAGGCCGGAGCUGUGGCCCCGCGCUCGGCGCCGCAGGGACGCGACUGUGGCCGGCCAUGGGCGGCCGGGACCUGCGGGCCGAGCUGGACUCGCUGCUCCUGCAGCUGCUCAGCGACCUGGAGGAGCUGGAGACGAAACGGGCGGCGCUGAACGCCCGGGUGGAGGAGGGCUGGCUGUCGCUCGCCAAGGCGCGCUACGCCAUGGGCGCCAAGUCGGUGGGACCCCUGCAGUACGCCAGCCGCAUGGAACCGCGGGUCUGCGUGCGAGCCAGCGAGGACCGCGACGGCCGCCGCACGUUCAGGGUGGUGAGCGCUGAAGCCCAGACCCCCGAGGAGCUGGGGCCUCGAGAGGCGGGUGAGUGGCUCUUCCGCUGUCCGGACCCUUCUGGCAUGGCUGAGAGUACCUUGCUCUCUGCUCCACAGGACCCCCUGAACUGGUUCGGAAUUCUUGUUCCUCAAAGUUUGCGGCAGGCCCAAGCCAGCUUUCAGGAUGGCCUUCAGCUAGCUGCAGAUAUAGCCAGCCUCCAGACGCGCAUUGACCGGGGUCAAAGCCAGUUUCAGGGGCUACAGGAGAAACUCAAGCAGCUGGAGUCUGGUGCUGCCUGACCUGUGUCCACAGAGGCGGACGCUGAGCACUGCUGCCCUGGAUGUGGCUGCCUUAUCUCAGGUCUUUCUCU